GCAGUUCAAUGUGCUUACUAAAAUGCCGCACGGACUGACCAGAUCGUGCUGCGUUUUCAGCAAAAGCAGACAGAGAUCAUGCUUUCAGACUUGCAUUCGAUACAGCGGCAAGAUAUCGUACAGCGGCACCGUGCUUUUGCCCAAGACAGGCUUUCCCCAGCGAAUCACAGGCGCGAAAAGGUCGGAGAACGACGAGAAGAUCGCGAAACAUGCAUGUUUUGAAGACCACUAUGCAUGGCAACGAGAAAACAAUACGGGACCCGACUUCAUCCUUCAUGAUGGGCCUCCGUACGCAAACGGAGACACGCAUUUGGGUCAUGCUGUCAACAAGAUUCUGAAGGACAUCACCAUCAGGUAUCGGUCCCUAAAAGGCGACCGCGUGCACUUUGUGCCGGGCUGGGACUGUCACGGCCUUCCGAUUGAGACGAAAGCCCUGACCACAGCCGAGAGCCAAGGAUCGCCAACCGAUGUUCGGUCCAAAGCGCGCAGCUUUGCGGCAGCCACUAUUCAGAAGCAGAUGAACUCCUUUAGGCACUGGGGUGUCAUGGCCAACUGGACAAAACCGUACAAGACGUACGACGUCAACUACGUCACCAAGCAGAUUGAGGCCUUUUACGACCUCUAUGAAAAGGGCUACGUUUUUCGAGACUUCAAGCCUGUCUACUGGUCGCCAUCUAACCGAACUGCACUCGCAGAAGCCGAACUCGAGUACAAUGCCAAUCAUGUCAGCAAGUCUGUAUACAUUGCCUUCCCAAUAGCGAAAGUUCCAGAUGCCGUGCAAUGUGUUUUGCCGAAGGACACCAAAUUGUCAGCGCUGAUCUGGACAACCACACCCUGGACCUUGCCAGCAAACCAGGCCAUCUGCUUCUCACCAAAUCACCAGUACAGCAUCGUUCGAACAAGCACCACUCGAAGACACUUAGUUGUGGCUUCUGACUUGAUCGCUCAUCUUCAUCAAAAGCUCAGAGAAGAACUGCAGGUCAUUGCAUCUUUCUCAGGAAGUGACAUACUGUCCAACUCAUCUUACACACAUCCUCUGUAUCCGGACAAAGAACUGAGGUUUCUGCCGGCAGGCUUCGUAACGAUGGACAAGGGCACGGGAUUGGUUCAUUCGGCUCCCAGCCAUGGCUUUGAGGACUACCAGAAUGCUCUGAAGCAUGGCAUAGCUAUGGAGGAAUGUCUAGUGGACGAGGAGGGACGUUUUGCGUCGAGCUGCAGACCAGAGUUGCGUGGUCUCCCGGUGCUCACCGAGGGGUCGGACGCCGUCACAAAGCUGCUGGCCGAUCACGUGGUCCGGACCGGCAGCUACACCCACAGCUAUCCCUAUGACUGGCGCAGCAAACAGCCCGUCAUUGUCAGGUCCUCUCGACAGUGGUUCAUCAACCUCGACGACAACAUGAGGCAGCGGGCAUUGAAUUGCCUCAAAGGAGUACAGAUUCUACCGGAAUCAGCACGCACCAUGUUUGAGAACCAGUUGACACAACGACCCCACUGGUGCAUCUCCAGGCAACGGUUCUGGGGCGUACCGAUACCGGUGGUCUUUGAGGACGAGAGGUCACUCACCUCAAGAGAAUUUGUCAGACACGUCUGCAAGCUUAUGAAUGCAAGAGGACCGGAUAUCUGGUGGACAGCCACAGACAAGGAGCUUCUGCCGGAUGAAGUUCGUGAACAGCUUGGAGUCUGCAAAGAUGCUGCAUUGACACGAGGCCAGGACAUUAUGGACAUCUGGCUCGACAGUGGGCUCAGCUGGAAGAUGGUUCUUCCAGAACCCUUCCAAGCAGACGUCUAUCUGGAAGGUCUCGACCAAGUUCGGGGCUGGUUCCAGUCUUCGCUGCUCACGAGUGUAGCUCUUACAGGAAAAGCACCUUACAGAAAAUUGUACAUGCACGGCUUCACUCUGGAUGCUGAGGGUCGCAAGAUGUCCAAGUCACUGGGGAAUGUCAUCGACCCCGAGACGAUAACGAAGGGUGGAAAGGAUCUCAAAAAGGACCCUGCCUUUGGUGUUGACGUCCUUCGGUGGUGGGUUGCCGCUCACACGAGCAAUCACGAAAACGUUCCCGUCGCCAAGCACGUCCUAGCAGAGUGCCAAGAAAACGUCGCCAAAAUAAGGGGCACUCUGAGGUUCUGCCUGGGUGCCCUAUCCGACUUUGAUCACACGCAUCACGUCUUGGGGUACCGAGAAAUGCUCCCGUUGGACCGGUUCGUGCUCCACCUCCUACACGGAUUUCACGCUCGUGUCACAUCACUCUAUGAUGAAAUGAGGUACAACCAUGCCUGUUCUGCAGUGCUGAACUUUGUCGUGAACGAAACAUCGUCUUUCUACUUCCAAGCUGUAAAGGACAGGCUUUACUGCGAUGCGGAGGAUUCCACGAGUCGUAGGUCCUGCCAGACAGCCUUGAGUCACGUCCUCGACGUGCUGGUGAAUGUUACUGCUCCAAUCAUUCCGCACCUCGGGGAAGAAGUCUUCUACUACCAUGGAGACCCUGGCAAAUACGACACUGGCAUUUUUCGGCGUGCGUGGCAACCACCUCCACACGACUGGGAAAGGCUGGAGUUUGCCCAGCUAGAGAAGCCACUAGCGAGGUUGAGGGAAGCCGUGAACAAAGCCGCCGCCAAGUCCCGGCCAUUGUUGCACGACGUCAGGAUCAUCUCUACCAGUAGGGACAGUCGCUUUGCCAGCUGCCUCAGACUCCUUCAGCCAGAAGACUCGGCCAUUCACUCCGGGCUCACGGAUGUGCUGCAAGUGGCUUCGGUCACUUUCGAACAAGCCGAUGACCCGACAGUGCAAGCGGGUUCGGACAGGGCUGUGAUCUUGGAAACAGAGGAUGAAAAGGUGCUGAUCGCGCUUGAACCCACAAAGAUGGCCGUCUGCGAGCGGUGUCGACGCAACAUCUCCAGUGAGCAAGGCUGCCUGUGCAAGAGGUGCGAGGAGGUUUACCAGCGUUUGCACUUCAAGUGGGAUGCCCUCAAAGGCAAUGCCAAUGCAGAAGAACAAGAAGACAAAAUCCAGACCAAGUCACGGACAUAGACAAAGAAUUGGCCCUAGGCUUUUGUAAUUACAAACAAACUCUGUGUGCGUGCAAGAGAAUAAAAAUUGUUUCCCUUCCAAAA